AGCAGAGAACUCAAGGACGCAAUUUAGAUUCGUUAUGCCACUCCACAUUCCCAAGAUCAGAGCCAGGUGAGCGUUUUUGUUUGUUGGUUCAAAAUGUUCAAUCCCUGGGUACAGCCUACAAUGGCCUACAACUGAUGAUUAAUCAAGAGGAAGCAGACGUGAUAGCAAUAACUGAGCACUGGAAGUGUAUUGAUGAACUAAAAACAUAUCAAUUCAGUGGUUAUAAACUUGUUUCAAAUUUCAGUCGUUCAAGGGGCCGUCAUGGGGGUUGUGCCAUUUAUAGUAGGACUAAAUUUAAAUGUACUGAAAGGCUGGACUUUAGUUCACUAAAUAUAUGUAAUGUUUUCGAAUGUUGUGCUGUUCAACUGAAAUUCGAAUGUCGCAAGUUGCUCAUUAUCUGUGUUUAUAGGCCCAACACUGCACCACUUGCUGAUGUGGGUUUAUUUCUUGAACAGCUCAGGGCAGUUCUUGAACGAUGCGCCACAGAGAAGGUUGAAUAUAUUCUGUGAGAGAUCUAAACUUCAGUAUCCUACAUCGAUUCACGUUCUAAAUGGUACUGUUCGGGUGGAGGCUGAUGUCAGGUUUUUGGGGCUGGUUCUCGAUAAACAUCUGAAAUGGGGACCCCAUAUCGAGCAAUUAAGAAGUAGACUUAACUCCACCUCCUAUGCACUUUUCAUGUUGAGAAGUCAGGUUGAUUUCGAAGUCCUUAAAUUGGUUUAUUAUGCAAACUUCCAUUCGCUAAUUUCCUAUGGAAUUAUUUUCUGGGGUUGUUCCACUCACGUGGACACAAUUUUUGUAACUCAAAAAAGAGCAUUACGUACCAUGUUAAGAUUAGGUUAUAGAGCGAGUUGUAGAGGACUGUUUAAGGGAAAUAAUAUUCUGACAGUUUACGGUGUGUACAUUUAUAAAUUGUUAAUAUUCUUCAGUAAAAACAACCAUUACUUCAGAGAUUUCAGGAAUUUGAAUAACACGAGAAGAAUGUAUCCCUACAUUUUACCUUUACAUAGUACUGUCAACAGGGGUAAAGCUGUGGAGUGUAUGGCUAUAACUUUAUUUAAUGUUUUACCAAGGAAGCUCAGAGAUAUAAUGUGUCAUGAAAAAUUUAAAAAAUCAUUGUAUAGUUUUAUUCUGGAUUGUGAACCGUAUAGUUUAGAAGAAUUUAAGGAGUUUUGUAAGAAAUGA